GCUGUAAAUGACUCGUGCUACCAGAAUGAUGAUUCGGUCCUAAAAUCUCUUGUUGAAAUCGCAGAUACUGUUCCCAAGUAUUUGCGCCCUCACUUGGAAGCAACUCUGCAGCUAAGUCUGAAGUUGUGUGCAGACACCAGCCUCAACAACAUGCAGCGCCAGCUUGCCCUGGAAGUGAUCGUGACCCUCUCGGAGACCGCAGCAGCUGUGUUAAGAAAGCAUACAAAUAUCAUCGCACAGACUAUUCCUCAGAUGUUAGCCAUGAUGGUUGAUCUGGAAGAGGACGAGGACUGGGCGAAUGCGGAUGAACUAGAAGAUGAUGACUUUGAUAGCAACGCAGUGGCUGGUGAGAGUGCUUUAGACCGGAUGGCUUGUGGACUUGGUGGAAAGCUUGUUCUGCCGAUGAUCAAGGAACACAUUAUGCAAAUGCUUCAAAACCCUGACUGGAAGUACCGGCAUGCAGGAUUGAUGGCCUUAUCUGCCAUUGGUGAAGGGUGCCACCACCAAAUGGAAGGAAUUCUAAAUGAGAUAGUAAAUUUUGUUUUGCUUUUCCUUCAGGAUCCUCAUCCAAGAGUAAGGUAUGCAGCCUGCAAUGCUGUGGGACAGAUGGCUACAGAUUUUGCACCUGGUUUCCAGAAGAAAUUUCAUGAAAAGGUGAUUGCAGCCCUGCUGCAGACCAUGGAAGACCAAGGCAACCAGCGAGUGCAGGCCCAUGCUGCCGCCGCUCUCAUCAACUUCACUGAAGACUGCCCCAAGUCGCUGCUUAUUCCAUACUUGGAUAAUUUGGUGAAACAUCUGCAUUCCAUUAUGGUACUCAAGCUUCAGGAGUUAAUUCAGAAAGGCACCAAAUUAGUUUUGGAACAAGUUGUGACAUCCAUUGCAUCAGUUGCAGAUACUGCAGAAGAAAAAUUUGUCCCCUACUAUGAGCUAUUCAUGCCAUCACGUAAGCACAUUGUUGAGAAUGCAGUGCAAAAGGAACUCAGACUUCUGAGAGGAAAAACUAUUGAAUGUAUCAGCCUCAUCGGUCUGGCAGUUGGGAAGGAAAAAUUCAUGCAGGAUGCGUCGGAUGUGAUGCAGCUGUUACUGAAGACUCAGACAGACUUCAGUGACAUGGAAGAUGAUGAUCCUCAGAUCUCUUACAUGAUCUCAGCAUGGGCCAGAAUGUGCAAAAUCCUUGGAAAAGAAUUUCAGCAAUACCUUCCAGUGGUUAUGGGGCCUUUAAUGAAGACAGCUUCGAUCAAGCCUGAAGUGGCCCUUUUAGACACCCAAGACAUGGAAAACAUGAGUGACGACGAUGGCUGGGAAUUUGUGAACCUUGGAGAUCAACAGAGUUUUGGUAUUAAAACUGCAGGACUGGAAGAAAAGUCAACCGCCUGCCAGAUGUUGGUUUGCUAUGCUAAGGAAUUAAAGGAAGGUUUUGUGGAAUACACCGAACAGGUUGUCAAAUUGAUGGUCCCUUUACUGAAAUUUUACUUCCAUGAUGGUGUCCGAGUGGCAGCAGCGGAGUCCAUGCCUCUUCUCCUCGAGUGUGCGAGAGUGCGGGGUCCCGAGUACCUCACACAGAUGUGGCAUUUCAUGUGUGAUGCACUAAUCAAGGCUAUUGGCACAGAACCAGAUUCAGAUGUCCUCUCAGAAAUAAUGCAUUCGUUUGCAAAGUGCAUUGAAGUAAUGGGUGAUGGAUGCCUUAAUAAUGAACACUUUGAAGAACUGGGAGGUAUACUGAAAGCCAAACUUGAAGAACAUUUUAAAAAUCAAGAAUUGCGGCAAGUUAAAAGGCAAGACGAAGACUAUGAUGAACAGGUUGAAGAAUCACUACAAGAUGAGGUAAAUUAUUCCCUUCAGAAUUUCAUUUACAUGACCAUUUCCAUUUUUAAACACUUCCAUUUCUACCUCAUCUUCCUUCUUAUUCUGAUGUAAUUAUCAGUAAUCU